AUGUACUACGCAGGGCACAUGUCAGCUGGGCAGCCGCCCCCUCCUCAGACCGUUACUUCUGGUCUGACGCACUAUUCACACCAGCCUCAGUUGCUUCCUCCUGGGCCUUCACCCUACUCCAACCAGGCUCCCUACAGCCAGUAUGGCUACAAUGGCAUGACAUCCCCUACGGCUGCUCCCCCGUCAGUAUCAAAUCCUAUGGGCAACCAGUCAACUGUUCUGCCUUCUAUUCCCGGCGUGGCUGGCCAAGCCCAGUACGUCGGAUUCGAUACUACGGGACAGCAACCCCCUCCGGGCAUGAAGCCUCGUGUCACCGCUACACUGUGGGAGGAUGAGGGCAGUCUUUGUUUCCAGGUUGAGGCUCGAGGCAUCUGUGUUGCUAGGCGAGAAGAUAACCACAUGAUUAAUGGAACCAAGCUACUCAAUGUCGCUGGUAUGACUCGCGGCCGUCGAGACGGCAUCUUGAAGAGCGAAAAGGUUCGCCAUGUUGUCAAGAUCGGCCCCAUGCACUUGAAGGGCGUUUGGAUUCCAUAUGAGCGAGCAUUGGACUUUGCAAAUAAGGAGAAGAUUACGGAGAUGCUGUACCCGCUCUUUGUUCACAACAUCGGUGCUCUCCUGUAUCAUCCUAGCGCGAAUCCCGCAAGGACGAGCCAAGUCAUGACCGCCGCUGACCGACAAAGACGCGAGAGUGUUCCCAUGCGAAACCCACCUCCUCCUGGCUUGCCAUCAAUCGGACAACACCACCCAUUGGCUCUGCCCGGGCCUCAGCAGUCGCUGCCUUCACAGACAGCCACCAGCAGGCCCCCUCUUGAUCGGGCAGUAACCUUCCCCACGCCCCCUACUAGUGCUUCUAGCGUGAUGGGAAGCAUGGCCACUUCAGAGGGCUUCAACUGGUCGAGCCAAGGCAUGAAUGGAUCACAAGGUGCCAAUUCCAUGACAAUGGACGGCGGCCUUAACGGCGCACGUUCUAUGCCCAAUACCCCUGCUGCAACUCCUCCGGGCUCCAUCCAAAGCAUGCAAUCUUAUCCCUCUGCCGCUCAAGGAUAUGACAACCAGCGUCCGAUGUACAACGCACCGUCGGCUCAGCACUCGCCUUACCAAAACUCGGCGAAUCCUCCGCAGGAUCGCAUGUACAGCCAGCCUGGCCCGUACACAAAGAGCGAGAUGGGCCCCCCCGCCAGCCGACCUCCUGCGGCCAUCUCUGGCGAGCAGCCUGACACCAAGGGUCCUAAUGAGCAGCAAGGCCAAAACCACCCUGAAGAAGAGGGUGAGCAUGAGGCGGAGUAUACCCAUGACAGUGCUUCGUAUGAUCACGCUCGUGCUCCGUACAACUACAGCAACGGAGCUGGCGUAGCAGCUAUGCCCAACGAUGCAAACAUGCCGUCUGAUAUGGCCAACUCUCAAAGCCACCCCCCUGCCUCAGGGCGAGCGACCCCUAGAACUGCGGCGCCCCCUCAACCCUACUACCAGCACCACACUGGUUACAACUCCCCGCAACGGGUUCAGCAGUCAACCAGCAACUUGUACAAUGUCAUGUCAAGCGACCGGGCGCCACAGAACGGCGCCCCGGGCAACGACGUAUAUGCACAGCCCACCGACAUGCCUAGCACCAUGUCAAACGGCUAUGCUACCCAGCCUCCGGUAAUGAAUGGCUCGGGUCAAGGCAUGAAGAGGGGGCGGGACGACGAUGAUGACAUCGUGCGGCCUACAAGCGAUGAGAUGGGAAUGGACCUUAAGCGACGAAAGACUAUGCUGGAGACAACAGUAUCCGCACCUACGUACGACGCUAUGAGUAACCGAUCUGCUUCGGCUAUCCCAGCUCCCCGCCGC